AAAAUAUCUGUAGAUGGGUUAGUUUGGUGCUUCAAGUUUGGACAAAAUGAUUUGUCAAAAGCCACUAGCUUUAAUUAUCUACUGGUCUGCCUUUGGUCUCCGCAAUCCCCUGCAGCCCACAUUUCUCUAUCAUCUCUUUUCUUCCCUUCAUUUCUCUUCUUCUUCUUCUUCUUCUUCUUCUUCAACCUAGCAUCCCUGCAGGAAAAUCAGAGUCAGAAACAGGCAACAGAAAACAGAAUUUUCUUAGCUGCAUUCAACGAAAAUCCUUGGCAGCCAUGGCAUUUGCAGGAACAACACAGAAGUGCAUGGCCUGCGACAAGACUGUUUAUCUGGUCGACAAGCUCACUGCCGACAAUCGAAUCUACCAUAAAGCCUGUUUCCGGUGCCAUCACUGCAAAGGAACUCUUAAGGACGGUAAUAAGAUGUAUUUGCAGCUUGGAAACUACAAUUCCUUUGAAGGUGUCCUGUACUGCAGACCACACUUUGAUCAACUCUUUAAAAGAACCGGCAGUCUUGACAAAAGCUUUGAAGGGACACCAAAGAUUGUAAAGUCAGAGAAAGCUUCUGACAAUGAGAAAGCUGCAGCAACCAAAGUCUCGGGCAUGUUUGGUGGAACCAGAGAGAAAUGUUUUGGCUGCAAGAACACAGUCUACCCAACUGAAAAGGUGACAGUGAAUGGAACUCCUUACCAUAAGAGCUGCUUCAAAUGCACCCAUGGAGGAUGUGUGAUUAGCCCAUCAAACUACAUUGCACAUGAAGGCAGACUCUACUGCAAACACCACCAUACCCAACUCAUCAAGGAAAAAGGUAACUUGAGCCAGCUUGAGGGUGAUCAAGAGAGGGAUUCUGUGACCGAGGGUGUAGCUGCAAGGGAAGUAGCUACCAAGUCAUGAUCAUCUGCGUCCCCGUCCUCCUGGCACUUAUGCUGAUUCCGAUCUCCCUGCAGUCCAAAUGACAAAAUAUGAUGUAUUUCUAAUUCAAGUGUGUGGUUUCUUGCUUGUUAUAAUUUGGUUUUUCUCCUGCAAUUUGGAUGUUUAAUUGAUAUGCUAUCACCUGUUUGGUUCGCUGUUAUAUGGUGAGAUGUACUGGUAUAAUGUGUAUUUUGAACAGAUUGAUAAUUCCAAAUCUUCCUCAGAAUGUUUCUGA